AUGGCGAAAGAGAAGGAGGUAGAGGAAAACGCCAGGGGACGGAGGGAAACGGAACUGGCUGCGGAGCCGCCGCACGUUAGCACCAGGAGCAUGACGAAGGCGAUGCCGCCAAAGGAGGGACCCUCCCGCUUCACGCUGGACAAGGAGGGAAUAUGGACUGAGGAAGCAACAGAGGAGGAGGAAACCCCCGCCAGAGAAGCACCCCGAGCGAAGAGGAGGAAGGCCAACGAAUCCCCCGAACUCCCCGCGGACCCGGCUGAAGAAAUGAGAUCAGCCACAACGGCGGACAUAGGAGCCGAACUGAUUCGCCGGGCUGCCGAGGUGGCCAGGGCUGCCGAGGCGCCCCGCGGCCACAAGGUCACGCAGGGGAAAACCCUGAAGGAGGCGGCGAGAACCAUCACCGCGGGCGUGACAGAGUUAGUGAGGAGAACGGACCCUGUCACCGACGCACUCGCUAUAACGCAAGGACGCAUAGCAACACUGGAGGCGGAGGUAGAGGCACUCCGAAAAGAGCCGGCCUCGCGCCCCACCGCGAACGAGAACAGCUACAGGGCGCGUCUCGCUGCAGUCGAGCACCAAGUAGAGGAGAUGAGAUCCUUGCUGCACCGACUGGAGGAACAACUGCAGGGAACAGAAAAAGGAGAAGGAAAGGAGGUCGCCCCUGUCGCGAACACGAGAGGGAUGGAGCCUGGAGCCCCAAGCGCCCCAGCACCCAAGGGAGGCCGAUUGGCGGACACCGAAUGGCAGACCGUCGGAAGGAAAAGAAGAGGAAAGAAGAAGGAGGCAGGGAGGAAGCAGCCGGCGAAGCUGAUCCCCGAGACAGGGGCGGAGAACCAGAGGAAAACUCCGGAGAGUGGAUCGGUGCUGGCUGCGGCCAAGGACAGUGUCUCCCUGGCCGAGCUCGGCAUCAACACGAUGAGGAUGCGGAAGACCAUCACCGGAGGUGUCAUCUUAGAGGUCCCUGAGGACCAGGGAAGGGAGAAGGCCGCAGCGCUCGCAGCACAGCUGACGCGGGCUCUGGACCCGAACGAGGUCCGCGUGGCGACCCCCUUCCGAGCCGCGGAGACAAGGGUGUCCCUGAUAGACAUAGCGGCCACCAAGGCGGAAAUCCAGAACACCCUGGCAAGGGAGAGCGGCUGCAAGCCGGAGGACAUCCGGCUGGGAGAAAUCCGCCCCGCCCGGAACGGACUUGGCGCCGUAUGGAUACGAGGCCCUGCCAGUGCAGUGAGGAAACUGGCCCAGGCUGGAAAGGUCGCCAUAGGCUGGUUGAUGGCGAAGGUCGAAGCCAUCGAACGGAGACCGUUACAGUGCUACAGGUGCCUUGGGAUAGGACACACGGGGAAGACCUGCACCGCCAAGGAGGACAAGGGGCACCUGUGCUUCAGAUGCGGCGAACCAGGGCACCAGGCGAGAGCAUGCACUACUGCGAGCCCGAAAUGCCUGCUCUGCGAGGCGCUUGGAACACCGUCGGUGCACAGGAUGGGGGGACCGGCCUGCGCCCCCUCGAAGAAGGGAACGUGGACAUCAACGCCCGGGGCGUUUGCCCACGGAGCCCUGCUGGAACGGGGCAACGGGUACGCCGCGGUCGAGUGGGCAGGGAUGAUGGUGGUGGGGGUGUACGUGUCACCCAACAGCGGACGGGCAGCGUUCGAAGAAUUCCUGGACGGUGUUGGCGACUGCGUCAGGCGACGACUCCCCCGACAAGUGCUCGUCCUGGGAGACUUCAACGCGCACUCCACGGAAUGGGGGAACGCCAGGACCAACGCGCGCGGCCGCACGCUAUCAAACUGGGCCGCGGGACUUGGUCUUCUGCUAGUGAACAGGGGCUCGAUCAGUACCUGCGUGACGUGCAGAAUGAGCUCCAUUGUUGACAUAACAUGGACCUCCCCCGAGGCAUUCAGGCGGAUCUCAGGCUGGAGAGUGGCCGAAGGGGUCGAGACGCUGUCGGACCACCUCUACAUAUUCAUGGAGGUGGACGCACCUGGACCUGGAAUGCCGACGACAAACGACGGGCGCGGCCCGCCGAGGGGGAGGCACGCGCGCCCACCACCCAGAUGGAAAAUAAAGGAGAGGAACGAAGACCUACUCCGGGCGGCUGCUAUAGCAACAGCUUGGAGCUGGGAGGCCUCGACAACGACGACCGAAGCAGACGUGGAAGAGGAGGCCGAGAACCUCCGCCAAGCCAUGACAGCAAUCUGCGACGCACCCAUGCCACGAGCCACACCAGGCACGGUGCGAAGCAGAGAAGUUUACUGGUGGAACCCCGGCAUCGCGGAACUGAGGACGAGAUGUGGCCGGGCCCGAAGACAGUACCUAAGGGCCCGCCGCUGGCGACGACGCGACGAAGAAGAAGUCUCCUUGCGCUACCGGACGUGCCGCGCGCUACGGCGCUCGCUACAGAGGGAAAUUAAAAAAGCGAAGGACCGUGCCUGGUCCGAACUGGUUGAGACAGUCGAGUCGGACCCAUGGGGGAGGCCAUACAGGACGGUGACACGGAAACUGCGCGCGAAGGGCCCCCUGAUAACGGCGGAAAUAGAACCUGCACUGCUGACGCGGAUCACCGGAACGCUCUUUCCCCCACAAGAAAACAGAGCGGCGGAACGGCCACGGGAAACGACACGACCGCUGGAAUGGAGGGACGACUGGGAAGUCACAGAGGAGGAGAUAUGGGAGGCAACCAGAAGAAUGACCGCCCGCAACGUGGCACGGGGCCCGGACGGAAUCCCUGGCCGGAUCUGGGGGGAAGUGAUGGGGGUCAUGGCCCCCAGACUCCGGCACCUCUUCACAAGAUGCCUGAGGGAGGGAGUCUUCCCCCGGGCGUGGCGGACAGCGAGGCUGGUCCUGCUCCAUAAGGAGGGCCGACCGACGACCUCGCCGUCAGCGUACCGGCCGAUAUGCCUACUGGACGAGGUCGGCAAACUACUCGAGAGGGUAGUCGCCGCCCGCUUGGAACGACACAUAGCAGGCCAAGUGCCAGGUUUGCACGAAAGCCAGUACGGCUUCCGGAAGGGGCGCUCGACGAUUGACGCGGUCAGACGCGUACGAGCGAUUGCGGAGGACAUGGUCUCCCGGAAAGGCGUGGCGCUGGUGAUUUCCCUGGACAUCGUCAACGCGUUCAACACCAUGCCAUGGGACAGGAUAGUGACGGCCCUGGAGCACUUCGAGGUUCCCAACUACCUCGUCCGAUUGAUCCGGGCCUACCUCGACGACAGGUGGGUGUGUUACGCCAGUAAGGAAGGAGAGGAAAAGCGAUCCGUCGAGCGUGGCGUCCCGCAGGGCUCGGUGCUGGGCCCAAUGCUAUGGAACGUUGCGUACGACGAGGUACUACGAUGCCCACUACCCCCAGGCGCGGCCAUAGUAUGCUAUGCGGACGACACCCUAAUCCUGGUCGAGGGUCGUGGCUAG